AACUCUCCGUCACGUUCCGUUCCUUCGUUCGUUCGCUCGUCCCCUCCUCAACCCCUUCCGAUGGAACCCUAACACUCUUCGUUUCCCCCUUCUCCCCCUUCGACUCCAUUUUCGCCGCUCUCGCAGGUGCAGAAUGAAGAUGUGGUCAUCCAGUAGCUGUGGACUGACGAAAUGGACAUGAAAAAUGAGAUGGGAGAAGUAAUGAUAAAUGGAACUUCUAGUCAGAUCGAAAUGCGGCAGCAGGAAAGCUACUGGAAAUCUCCAAGGAUUACUUGUGGAUCAAACUGUUAGGACAUGUUUGGUUCACAUAUUUUAGACUAUGAAAUUGGAAUGAGAUUUAUUGAUUUCAAUAGUUAUCGUUCCUUUUAAAGGAAUCGGAUUCCGACUUCCAUUCCAUGCUAGAAUGGAAAUGAUCAAAUUCAUUUAUGGUCCAAUCCAGUUUUGAAUGUCGGAUUGGUUCGUUCCAAAAUAAACUAUUCAAAAUUUUCUUUCACCAAUACCUUUCCUUCUCUCCCUUCGUCACUUUUUUCUCUCUUAAUCAAAACUUUCUUUAAAAAAGUCUAGCUUUUUCUUCUGAUAUUCAUUCCAAUAAUGAGCCAAAUAUUUUUGGAUUAUUCGUCAGUUCAUUUUUCAUUCCUAUUUCAAUUUCGAGCCAAGCAUGCAUGCAAUAUAGUAAGUGAAGGUUGUGAGUAAAUGCUGCUGAGCAAUUAUUCAUUCUGAGUUGGUUUCCCCUGUGAAAAGCCUGUAUAGAUAGCAACAUACUGUCAUUGACCCACUGUUGAGCAGCUUGUGUGUCAUCUUGUCAUCUAAUAACGGUAGAUGUCUUUGGGUUUCUCCCAAAAACUAUGUCAACAAUCAUAUUGAUUUUGAUUAGUUUCCAAGUUAUCGAUAUACCAGAGGUAAUUUCUCUCGCGAACGCGCAUUGUUGCUCUUAAAGCUUCGACCAAAGAAAUGGAAACUUAGGCAAGUUGAUAGAUAAAAAUCGAGAGCACAUUGCUCUGGAGAGAAAGCCGAAAUGAGCUUUUGGAUCCGCAAAUCUGAAGUUUCAGUUCGGACAUGAGCUUUUGGCUUGCGUAGGAAGUUUCAAGAGACCAUUCCAAUAAAAAACCUGUGGAAGGCGCGGUGCUUGUAGGAAUUACUACUAUUGUAUUGGGCCAGGCACAUCUCAGCCCCUUUUAUGAUUAAACUGUUCCAACCAAAAUCGGAGAGAGCCCGAAAUGUUUUGGGCCGAGCUUGGAGUAAAUGGGCCGAUACCCCGGCCCAUUACGUACCUUUUUAAUUUUAAUAAUAACAAACGCUACAUUGGUCGCACGUGUUUCUUUUCGUUUAAAUGGUUGCAAAAAAAAAAACAGAAAAAGAAAAAUCUCGCUCGACUUCCUCGUUGUUGCGAAAGUGUUCGAACAGUUCCUUCCUCGAACGCCAAAAACCCUAGCGUCCCCAACCCACCCCGCCUCACAAGAACCCUAGCUCGCCAUGGGUUCGCAUUCGAAGGAGGGCGCUGGAGCGAGGGAUCACAACGGCGCAAACCCCGGGAAGAUUUUCGUCGGAGGGCUCCACAAGGACACCAAUAUGGCGACAUUCACUAAGCACUUUGGGAAGUAUGGAAACAUAGCAGACUCUGUGAUAAUAAAAGAUAAAUACACAAACCAACCAAGAGGCUUCGGUUUUAUUACCUAUUCCAGUCCUUCGGUUGUUGAUAAAGUUAUUGAGGACACCCACAUCAUCGAUGGAAAACAAGUUGAAAUCAAAAGAACUAUCCCAAGGGGCUCCACGCAAUCUCAGGGUUUCAAAACGAGUAAGAUCUUUGUCGGUGGUAUCUUGCCAACGCUAACAGAAGAGGAGUUCAGAAGUUUCUUCUCAAGGUAUGGGACUGUCGUGGACCACCAGAUUAUACGCGACCAUGAGACCAAUAGAUCUCGAGGCUUUGGGUUUAUUGUAUUUGAUUCCGAACAAGUAGUUGAUGAUUUAGUAGCAAAGGGAAAUCUGAUUGAUUUAGCUGGCACAAAGGUGGAGAUCAAGAAAGCUGAACCAAAGAAAGCUCCAAAUGCACGGCCGCCUGCAUUUGGUAGUGAAUCUAGGGCUCGAUCUUUUUGUGACGACUUUGGCGGCUCCUAUAGCAAUUUUGAGAGAGGUGGGUUUGGCCCUGCCUCCUAUAGGACUUCUGGGGGCUUUGGUGGUAUGAUUGGUGGUUAUGGUGGUGAAUUUGGUGGUGAAUAUGGUGGUGGCUUUAGUGGAGGUUUCGGGAGUUAUUCAGGAGGAUCUUCCGUUGGUUAUUUUAGUCGAUUUGGGUCAUACGGUGGAGGGUUCGGUGAAGGAUAUGGGGGAAGCUUAGGUGGAUAUGCACGUGGGGUUGACAUGGGCUUUGAUGGUUAUGGUGGUGGAUAUGAUUCUGCCUUCGGUUCAGGUUAUGACUCUGUUGCGCCCUACGGUAAUAGGGGAGGUUAUGGUAGUAGUGGUGCAGGUCGGUAUCACCCAUAUGCAAGAUAGGCAGUGUGCUAUACUUCAGUAGAUGGCAUGCCAUGCUAGAAUAAUUCUUUAAAGAAGGUAAAGCUUGAGGCCUUCUAGUUUGCUGGUUAGAAUUCCGUCAGUUCUUUUCUUUGUAGUAACCUUUUCAUGCGAUCUACUACCGGAUACAGGGGCUAGAUGUAUCAUUUCUUAUUGUUCAUCUAUAUGUGAACUCGAGGCUUUUAUGCUAGCUUCUUUUGUUCAAUAUUCAAAUGAUAUGACUUACCACUGGUUUAGUUUAGUUUGCUACUAGGGCGUUAGGUUUCCCAUGAAUUUGUUGAUAUUGUGUUUCUAUUGGUAUUUCAGCUCACACCGUUAUAUAGUUGUGCUGGAAUAUUAUUAAUAUUAUGUGAAUAGUAUUUUUAUUAUUCGUUUUU